GGUUGCUAUUGCUUUCCUGGGCAUGGGAAAGUGACAGUGUGCCAACAUAGCCUCGUUGCGGAUUCCUCGGAAACUCUGCGGGGACGCGCCUGGCACCGUGGAUACCUGGAAUUCCUUCCCAGAAUAUAAGCCCAUCCAUGACCCCAAAGCAUGUGACACAUAUCACGUGAUUACACGACCCCGGUUACCUACCCGACAGCAAUGUAUGGCCGACGUCACUGAUCGAGAUCUGCUCUGCCAUUAGAUCAUCAACAGGAGGAAGAAGCGCUACGAACCCCACCUAGAAGACAUAGUCAAUCGUGCUCGUAUGUCGUCUUCCCAGUUGAAUGCCUCGUUGUUGAGGCUCAAGCUCUUGGAUGCUCUAAGAAGCGGUGAAACCGCCAAAGUUGAUGCGAUCAUCAAUGAGUUGACCUCUACCAAGUCGACCAUCAAGAACAUCGAUAUCGUCCAGUUACACCUGACAAUUCUACACUACGCAGUGCAAGUGGCACCUUUGGCCACAUUACAAUACUUGUGCACCAAUGCCCAGAAGUACAACCUAGACAUCAAUGCCCAGGAUCAGGAUGGCAAUACUCCCUUGCACUUGGCAGCAAUGUCCUCAAGAUUCGAUAUCGUCAAGUACUUGCUCUCCUUGCCCGAGAUCAACGACACGAUCGUUAACUUGAACAAGAAACAGCCGGUUGAAGAGUGUAAGGAUUUGAGCAUCGCCCAAUUGAUGCAGAUUGAAAGAGCCAAGUUUGUUGAGCAAUCCGCCAGUAAAUUACGCCAGUACUUUAGCAAUCGUGAUAUGGACAACUUGGAGAAGCUUUUGGUCUCGAAUCCCAGAGCUUCUGAGUUGUUGGACAUAAAUGGUGCUGAUCCCGAAACAGGCAACACUGUCUUACACGAGUUCAUUAAGCAUGAUGAUAUUCAAAUGUGUGACUGGAUUUUAAAGCAUGGCGGUGACCCAUUCAAGAGAGACAAGAGAGGAAAGUUGCCUAUCGAUUUGAUUAACGGCAAGAACGAUCCUUUGAAGAAAUUGUUAAAGGUCGCCUCUAAGGAUCAGACCAUCAUGGAUCCUGUUGUAAACACCUCCAAUGCUAUCAAGUCUGGAGGUGCCCCUACUUACAAAGGGUACUUAAGAAAGUGGACCAACUUUGCUUCGGGUUACAAGUUAAGAUACUUUCAAUUAGACCAAAAUGGUAUUUUGUCAUAUUACACUAAUCAAGAUGAUACUAAUAAUGCAUGCAGAGGAUCCUUAAAUUUGGGAUUUGCUACAUUGCAUUUGGAUUCUUCCGAGAAGUUGAAAUUUGAAAUCAUUGGUAAGAAUGGAAUGAGAUGGCACUUGAAGGCUAACCAUCCAAUCGAGACUAAUAGAUGGGUAUGGACUUUGCAGAAUGCAAUUACAAUUGCUAAAGAUAAUAUCAAGAGAAAGAAUAAAGGACUGAUACAAGCAGAAGAAACCGCCGAGCAAAGUUCAAUUAAGGGUGCCGAAGAACAUGAAGGAAGAAAGCAUAGAUUUCACAUUCCUGGACGGAGAUCUCUUUCAAGGCACAGAAGAACUGAUAGUAAUGUGUCAUUGAACUCAGAAAUUGUUGACUCCAGUUCUUUAUCUAGAUCAAGUACCCUUUCCAAGAAAGCUGGAGGCUCACCAAAUUUGGCUCAAAUCAAUGAAAGUAAGCCUGUUCAAGGGUUAGUACCUCCUCAAUCAAGAUUAAGUGUUGAUGAUCAAAGUAGUUUCAACGCAGAAGCAUCUGAUGUUGAGAAUUUCGACUACGACUUAGAUGACAACGAUUUUGAUAGUGAUACCGGCUCUAUUGCAGUAAACAGUGAUCCCUCGAGAGACAAAGUUGAUGGUCCAUUAGCGGAUCAAAUUUCUACUGUGAAGAGAUCGUUAGAUGUGGAGUUAUCCUCCUUAUUAGACCUUUUCAAUCAAGUGAUCAACUCCAGAAGCAGUGCAGGGAAUGAGGAAUCGAGCUCGGCCUCUAGUGAACUCGGAGUUUGUAAUGUUGGAUUAAGUACUUUGAACACAAUUCAGGAUCUUUUCCAAAAGUAUGAUUCUCUCAUACAGUCAAGAGAAUCCAAGUUUGUCCGUAAACUUGAAAGACAAGUUGAAGUGAACAAGUUGUGGGAAAAUUCCAUCAAACAAUUGGAAGAUGAGAUUCAUCAACGUGAAGCAAAGUUGGCUGAAUACGAUGGGAAGAAGAAGCAACUCAAAAAGUAUUUCUCUGCUAGCAAAGUUAGUGGCUCCAACAGUCCUGCUGCCCUUGGUCCUUCUGAUUCUUACUCUGGAAGUAUUGAUGCUGCUUCGGAGGUUCCAGGCGAUGACAAAGUAAUUGAGACUAUUUUUAACGAUUCCGAUGAAGAGUUCUUUGAUGCUGACGAAUUUGAAGAUGCUGAAGAAUCUGAUGCCGAAGUUCCUGAUAUUAAUAUCGAAAGUGCCAAAGAAGUUGAAGCUGACAUUAGAAAUGAGAAUGCUCCUUCUGUGGGAGCCACCAUUGGCGCGGCUGGUGUUGCUGGUGUUGCUGGUGCUGCCAUUGCUGGAGAUAAGUCUCAUCAGGAGAAAUCAUCAACUGCUCCUGAGUCAUCAAAGGCUAAGGCCGUUGAGAAGGAAUCAAUUUCCGAAGAAGAAAGAACUGUCCAAACUGAAGAGUCAAUUGAAACCUCGAAUUCAAACCUCAACUCUACUCAUAGCAAGGUUAACGAAAUGAUUCAACAAGAAGGUUCGUUCCUUGGUUACGAAAAUCCUCCAAGACAGAAAUUGAGCAUGGAUGAGGACAACAGACCCAAGGUUGGGUUAUGGGGUAUCUUGAAGUCAAUGAUCGGUAAAGAUAUGACCAGAAUGACUUUGCCCGUUGCUUUCAAUGAACCUUGUUCCUUAAUUCAAAGACUUGCUGAAGAUGUGGAGUACAGUGGGUUGCUUGACCAAGCUGCUACUUUUGAUGAUUCUACUUUGCGUUUACUUUAUGUUGCUACUUUUGCUUCUUCAUUAUAUUCUUCAUCCGUUGGAAGAAUCGCAAAACCUUUCAAUCCAUUGUUGGGUGAGACAUUUGAAUACUCUCGUCCUGACAAGAAUUAUAGAUUGCUUGGUGAACAGGUUAGUCACCAUCCUCCUGUUAGUGCAUGUGCUGCAGAAUCUCCAAAGUGGGAUUAUUACGGACACAAUGAGGUCGAUACCAGUUUCAAGGGUAGAUCAUUUGACAUCAAGCAUUUAGGUAAGAUGUUUUGCACCCUUAGACCCGAUAAUGGAGUAGUUGAUUCCAAAGGACAGAAGGUUGACCAUGAAGUGUACAGCUGGAAGAAGGUCAACAAUUCAGUGGUUGGUAUUAUUAUGGGUAAUCCAACCAUUGAUGUGUUUGGUCAAAUGGAAGUCAAGAAUUUCACCACUGGUGACAGUAUCAUUGUUGAUUUCAAGCAACGUGGAUGGAAGGCUUCUUCUGCUUACCAACUUUCUGGUCAAGUCAUAGAUAAGAAGGGCACUCCUAGAUGGGCAUUAGGUGGUCACUGGAACUCCAAGAUCUUCGGUAAGAAGAUUUCUGGUUCCGAAAGCGGCCAGUCUUUAGACAAUGCCCAAGGAAAGGUAUCCAGUGAUCCAUACAGUGGCCAGAAAUUCUUGAUGUGGGAAGUCGCACCAAGACCAAAGGUUCCUUUCAACUUAACUGCAUUUGCUACAUCCUUGAAUGGAAUUGAUGAUAAUUUGAAGGGAUGGUUAGCUCCAACAGACACCAGAUUGAGACCGGAUCAAAGAGCGAUGGAAGAAGGUGAGUACGACUUGGCCUCUUCAGAGAAGCACAGAGUGGAAGAGAAGCAAAGAAGUGCCAGAAAGAAGAGAGAGCAGACCAAGACCACCUACAAGCCUAACUGGUUCACUAAAGACAAACACCCUAUUACUGGUGAUUCUUACUGGAGAGCCAAGGGUGACUAUUGGGCCCAGAGAAAGGAGCACAACUUGGCUAAAUCCGGUGAUAUCUUCUGA